UCAAAUUUGGAUUCUGGAUCUCUCUUUUGUAGUUUGAUUUUCCUUUUCUCACCCUUCAAUUUAAGCAGUUUGACUUGACUGUGUUCUGUCCGGCUUGGCUAAGUUCUUCUUCUUCUUAUUAUCUUUUCUUUGAAUGAAUCUGUUAAAAAGCUUCACAGUUGAAUUAGAUUCAAAGGCGAAAUGGGUGCCAGCAGCGGUAAUAGCGGAGGAGCAAUGAAGCGUAGAGGGUGUUCAUGCACAAAGGGAGAUUUCCUCCCUGAGGAGUCCUUCCAGAGCUGGGGUAACUAUGGCAGAGCCUUAAGCGAGACAGGGAUGAGAUUGAAGGACCGAGUCCUGGCUCGAUCUCUGGAUCAGACCGAGUUGAACGAGGUGAAGGGUCAGAGUCAAAAUGAGAUGAAGAAGACUCUCUCAUGGUGGGAUCUCAUCUGGUUUGGUAUUGGUGCCGUCAUCGGUGCUGGAGUCUUCGUUCUCACCGGUCUUGAGGCGAAAACUGAUGCUGGACCUGCCGUUGUUCUCUCUUUCGUGGUCUCUGGAAUCUCAGCCAUGCUCUCUGUAUUCUGCUACACAGAGUUUGCUGUAGAAAUUCCUGUUGCAGGUGGAUCCUUUGCAUACCUCAGGGUGGAGCUAGGUGACUUUGUAGCUUUCAUCGCCGCGGGCAACAUCCUCCUUGAAUAUGUCAUCGGAGCAGCUGCUGUGUCUAGGGCGUGGACUUCCUACUUUGCCACCCUCUCCAACCAUAGCCCUAAUGAUUUCCGCAUUAAUAUCCCAGAUAAACUCGGCGAAGAUUAUGGCCAUCUCGACCCCAUUGCCGUGGUUGUCGUCUCUAUCAUUUGUGUUCUUGCUAUCCUCAGUACCAAGGGUUCAUCCCGCUUCAACUACAUUGCCUCCAUCAUCCAUGUCCUCGUCAUUCUCUUCAUCGUUAUUGCAGGGCUCACCAAGGCUAAUACCAAGAAUUACAAACCAUUUAUGCCCUUUGGUACUCGAGGCGUCUUCAAGGCCUCGGCGGUUUUAUUCUUUGCUUAUGUUGGGUUCGAUGCAGUGGCUACAAUGGCUGAGGAAACUAAGAACCCUGCCCGGGAUAUCCCAAUUGGGCUGAUUGGAUCAAUGUCGAUCACUACAAUUGCUUAUUGCGCACUUGCCAUCACAUUGUGCCUAAUGCAGCCAUAUGGUCAGAUAGAUGCUGAUGCUCCUUUUUCGGUAGCAUUUUCAGCUGUUGGGAUGAACUGGGCUAAGUAUAUUGUUGCUGCUGGAGCAUUGAAGGGUAUGACCACAGUCUUGCUAGUCAGUGCCGUCGGUCAGGCACGGUAUCUGACCCACAUUGCUCGUACUCACAUGGUGUCCCCUUGGUUUGCUCAAGUCCAUGAAAAGACUGGGACUCCUGUUAAUGCUACUAUAGUCAUGCUUCUUGCUACAGCCAUCAUUGGCUUCUUCACCAGCCUUGGCAUCCUCUCCAACCUCCUCUCCAUCUCCACACUUUUCAUCUUCAUGAUGGUUGCCGUUGCACUUCUUGUCCGCCGUUACUAUGCAACUGGGGUGACAAAACCACAGCACAGGAACUUACUCAUUCUUUGCUUGAUCCUCAUUAUUGGAUCCUCAAUUGCUACUGCCACUUACUGGGCUUUAGGCUCCAAUGGAUGGAUCGGGUACGCGAUUACUGUGCCAAUAUGGUUUUUGGCCACCGCUGCAUUGUGCUUGUUUGUUCCAAAAGCAAGGGAACCAAAACUGUGGGGGGUGCCACUGGUGCCAUGGAUGCCAUCAGCUUCAAUUGCUAUUAACAUCUUCCUCCUCGGUUCAAUUGAUAAAGACUCAUUCGUUAGGUUUGGAGCUUGGACUGCAUUGCUCUUGGUUUACUAUCUCUUCUUUGGGCUUCAUGCAUCUUAUGAUAAUGCAAAGGAGAUGGCCGCGACGAGGGUCCAGAAUACCACAUCUAAUAAGAUUGAAGAAGGAAACACAAAGGUAGUAGCAGAGGAUGUGUAAGUGAAGUCAUAUAUACAUACAGUACAUGGGGUCUGUUGUUGUUGUACUAUUUGUUCUUUGGGCUCCAUCCAUCAUAUGAUGCAGCAAGGGAGUAAGCAAAAAGAUUGCAGGGACUCCUAAACUACUAAAGAAGAUGGAGAGGGAUCCAUGAAUUCUCAAUGGGUGGCAGACAUGGAUAUAUGUUACAGUUAAUUACAAGAUUAUUUGUUCUGUUAGGAUUGAAAUAUUGUGUGUUAGGAUUGAAAUAUUGUAUUUGAUUAAUUAGAAUUCAGAAUAUGAAUCAUUCCGUUAGGCUGUAAUGUGUUUGAAUUAGGAUUCA